GAACCAGAAGUGUCAGGCCUGCGCCUGUACUGUAAACUCGACUUCGCAUUUUCUGUUACGAUAAUCGUCGAGGUAGUACACGGGCGAACCCAUGAAGCAAACUUUCGGUUUUAUGUAAGAAAACAAAUCAUCUUCCUGUCACCGUUUCCUGUCUACGCGAUAAAUCUACAUUUUUCCUGCUAGAUUGGUUAUGGUUUAUCGGGAAUUUCCUGCGGUGGAAGCGCUAGCCAUUGCUCGUGCUAUGUUGUAAAAAAUAGCGGGCUCAGACAGCCGCCGGGAAUGCAAAUGCCGCGUUGUCAAAAAAUUGCACGGCACGGGAAUUCCCCAGCGAUGAAAUAAGCUACUUGGAACGGUAGCUUCCAAGUUUCAUAAUCCAGAGUGGAAUGUGUACUUGCGUUAGCAUGACUAAGCUCUCGGCUGCAUGAUACAUUUUAUACACUGUAGUAGACCUAUGUGUAGUUUUACUAUAGCCCUAUGAGCAUUUUUUGAGAAUGUUGGCAAGCAGGCGACGAGUUUGAACUUGGUACAGUUCUCACAACAAAGACAUGCAAUGAACAAGGUUCACUCCAACACUGUGCUUUCACCGCUAAAUGAUUUUAUGAAUAGUUGCAACUUGGAUUGUGUGGAUUUUCACAGAAUUAAUAGCAGAAAAGGAGGACAGAAAAGGCCAUUCAAUAUCAAAGUUUGUUCAUGAUGGCAAAGGACAACGAACACGAUGACCAAGAUCCUCCUGCUACCAAGUUGUGUAGCAAUUGCAAACGGGACAUUCCAUCGAUGAACUACUUGAUGCAUCAGAACCACUGCAGCCGUAACAUAGUGCUAUGCAGCAAAUGUGAAGAGCCGGUUCCCCGCUCUGAAAUGAGUGAACACAAUGAAGAAUAUCACAUUGAGGUGACUUGUAAAUGUGGCGAGGCAGUUGAGAAAUGGAAACAAGAAGAACAUGAUGCGGAGCAUUGCCCCCAACGGCAGGUGACUUGUGAGUACUGCGAGAUGGGGAUGGACUUCAAGAACCUUGCUGAGCACAAGGACUUCUGCGGCAGCCGAACUGAGCCUUGCCCCAAGUGUGCCCGCUACGUCUACUUCCGCGACAAGGCCCGACACGAGGCCACCGACUGCAAGUACCCCGAGGCCAAGCCGGCUAACAAGCCCGGGCCAUCCGCUACGGCAACCAGGGACCUGUGGCACCACAACCAGCUCUUGUUCCAACCGGCCAAGCCCUACAGGAUGCCGCUGGGCCUGCGGGAGCAGCUUUCCGGCCCCCCGUUCCUCCCUCGGCAAGAAGUAGGGGGAGAUCGGAGCUGGCCGGACUCCAGAGAAGUCCUGAGGAAUGUGUCCGACGGGCCAGCAGGGGACAGAAAACAUCGGAAGAACCAAGACAGAGUCCAGAACGUAAUGCUGAGGAACCCAGCCAAAAGUAGGGAGAAAAAUGAGGAGAGAGCCCUACUUCAGUCAGCCACCCACCAAGUGGAUGCAGACCGGCUCUUGGCUCAGCACCUAGCCCAAGACCUUCCCUACGAUGCCAGCUUUGGCACUGAUCUCUCCACAAACAGUAGCCUCGCUCCACCUUACGACGACUACCAAGACGACCUCGCCAUUCAGGACUUGAUAAAAAAUUCGUAUGGUGUUCCAAACAUCAACACUUUCCAAGAGCAGAGCUCAGCUCUGGGUGACCUUACAUUACCAUGUGAAUUCUGCCUGCAGCCUAUACCAGCAGAGUCCCUCAUACAGCAUCAGUCUGGUUGCCGGCCCGACCUCACAAGCCAUCCGCGAGAGGAGAAAGUAGAAGCCAAUAAUAGUAGACGAAGAGGACCCAGCCAACUGCUGCCACCGUCGGAAGUGCUGAACAACCUGAGCUAUGGACCAGCCCCGUCUGGGUACAGUCCCGUAGUCCAGUCAGACAGCGCACCUCCUUACGACACUGACGACACCCUGAUGCUACCCUGCGAAUUCUGCGAGGAGCUCCUGCCCGCCGACGCCCUACCCAUGCACCAGGUCAAUUGUAUCGAAAAUCGCACAAUGACCCCUUCACCGGCCGGCCCGGGGUCGUUGCCCUCAAGGAGAGACAAGCCGAGUGACAGCCCCAUCAGGCCAUCACCGCAGCGGGUGCCACGACCGCGAGACUUCCCCACCAGACCAAAGAAACCCCAGCAGGCACCUGUAUUCCCGGGUCCCAGCAUGGAUGAUGACAAUGGCACUGACGUAGACACAAUACCAGUCCAAAGGUCCAAGUCUGGAAAUCACGCUCCCCAGCCAAAGUCUCGUCAGUUCGGAAACCCUGUCCUGGCGCCCCCCUUCCCAUCGGACGCCAGCCAGCAGCAGCAGGGAACCGGCCAGCAAGCCCAAGUGCCGUUUGCUCGCUCGUCAUCAGAAAAGUACCUCCACGGUACCAAUGGGGUCCCCAGGCCGACUGCAGCUGUCGCUAGCCUGCCAACUAGAGGUGCCGUUCAGAAACCAAAGUCAAAGAAUACAGCUGUUGGGGGACAGGCCAGGCGCCGUGAGGAUCAUCCUCAGAGCAAGAGCUUUGCUAGGAUGCCAGUGAUUUUGCCGGUAUUUCCUGACAGUCCCGAUGUCUACUGCGAUGAUGAGGAACUGGACAAGCUGCUCGGAACAAAAGUGCACCCAAGACAAGGGGGAGAGAUGAACAACAGUCCCCACUACAAACCAAAGAAGACUAAUUUGCCUCUGUCUUCUGGACUGGAAUCCGAUGACUCCCCGGCAGUUGGUUCCGAGUCCGGCCCUUUCUGCUACCGGGAGAGACUUGCACAGCAGCGCCGGGGCCCGGGAGCCAGGCAGAAGGUUCGCAAGCCCCCUGGCUCCUACCCGGGUAAUGGCUACGUUCCCAGCUUCCCCAACAGGGCCAACCCGCGCAAGGGCAGAGACUUUGAUAGGAGGGACAACAGCAGUGGGACGCAGAGGUCAAAGCAGCCAUCAGCACCCACCACCAUGACCUUCGAACCCGACGGGCUGACCUCAUCCCUGCAAGUGAGGGAAGACUCCAGCGCACAUCCCAGGACAUCCAAACAGAAACAGGGUCAGGGGAGGCGAACAAAUGCCCAGAAGGCUACAAGACCUCGGGACGAUCCGAUGCUAUGAGCAGCUGAGUGGUUAGGCAAACAGCGGACCAAAAGCGUCGUAGGAUUGCAACAUAACUGUUCCACCUGCAUCAUCCAUUCCACUUCAGAGGCGAUUUUAAUACAGAUCUGCUGCGCACUAGCCUUUGCUGAACACAGCAAAUAGUCUUCUCGGGUGAAAGAGGGAACACAGCUAUAAUACAGUCAAAAAAUUCUCUGUUUUGAUUUAUCGUCAGAUGUGUUUGCUGAGCAAGUACAUCAGGGUCACGAGUCUAUAGCAGUGGCCGUUAUUAUGGUAGUGGCUGAAGCUAGUUCCCAUAGAGUCGUGUGUAAUUUCAAGCCGCUGCCAAGUAAUUCAGACACAGCCAGAUCUAUGAAAUUGGGGCCCAGCUGGUUACAAGCACUUCAACCUUGCGACUGGUUGGCAUACCAUUUUCUUUUUGGCCAAGCCAGCAAAUCGUGUAAGCAUAAACAGCUUGGGGCCUAUCCCCGGCUUUAUUUUCCAGAGCAAGUUAAUCAGUGUAAUGAGCAUUGCUACAGGUGUUUAGUAGCGCGUCUUCCAAUUUUUUUUUUCCAGAUUUUAUAAAGGAAGACCAGUCAGCUUUGAGCCAUUCACACACUUUGAUGUGUUUAUCUUCCACAACCCGCAGGCCAGUAUAAAUUGUUAGAGUUUUCUCCCCACCGUUGUCUGUCACAGUGAAAAACCGAGUGACUCAAAAAUUACAAGGACAGAACCAGAACCACAUUUUUUGGGGGGAGGGGGCUAUGCUUGUUCAAUGUGGCAAUGUUUUCACAUGAUCUUGUAAAUGCCCUUUUUGAGGGGUGAGGCUAUGAAAGUGAAAUGAAAUAAACCCAGAAAAUUGCCUUUCAUAACUUUUCAAACAAAUUUUUCUUGGAUUUUUUUUGGGGGGGGGGCAUGGUCCCUGUUGGAACCCCGGGUCUGCCCUCAUGUCGAAGAAACAUUACCAGAACUGCAGGAAACAAGGUAAAACAAGGAAUUCUUUGUCCCCGUCUGUGGCUGUGGAGUGUAGACCUUUAAAAUGUGACAAUAGUGUACAUGCCGAUUGGUUUUGGACCGUCUGAAGAAGUGUUUUCCGGACAAUAUGAUCAUCCCAGUAUGUCAGAUUUUGAGUCUUAAAAACUGGCAAGAAAAGCGAAAACCAGUCCAUUGAAAUGAAGUAUAGUAGUAUGGACUGCCACAGCAGGCAGAAUAUCUGCCCCACUUCAAAGUUGAUAAAAAACAGGGAUUCUGUCAUUGCAGUAGAAAUCAUGGCCGAUUUUCAAUACUCGACUUCGUCUCCGUCUCAGGCUUCCUCCCCGAAACCAAUCCCCGAUUGUGGGCCUGAAACGUUUAAAUUA